UCUUUGAAAAAAGGGUCAUCUAGUGUGUCGUGUGGUUAUAAUGCGCCCUCCGUGAAGAGGAUUGGCGUGCUUCACAGCGGCACAUACCUAUAUAGCCUAUAUAUGGCAGUACCUCCCCCGGGAUAAGCCCAAAGGUCAUCAGCGUGGCCAUGGGAGGCCUGACAAUCAAAAAGGCUUAUGACAGGAUUUGUCUUGAAGACUUCCGCCGAACGUGUUUUGGGCGCGUCGUUGGGGUUUGGGGAAGGAGGGGGUCCAUUAGCUUU